AUGGGCACAUGGGCGGGCAUGGGCACAUGGGCGGACAUGGGCACAUGGGCGGGCAUGGGCACAUGGGCGGGCAUGGGCACAUGGGCGGGCAUGGGCACAUGGGCGGACAUGGGCACAUGGGCGGGCAUGGGCACAUGGGCAGACAUGGGCACAUGGGCAGACAUGGGCACAUGGGCCGGCAUGGGCACAUGGGCGGGCAUGGGCACAUGGGCAGACAUGGGCACAUGGGCGGGCAUGGGCACAUGGGCGGACAUGGGCACAUGGGCGGACAUGGGCACAUGGGCGGGCAUGGGCACAUGGGCGGGCAUGGGCACAUGGGCGGGCAUGGGCACAUGGGCGGACAUGGGCACAUGGGCAGACAUGGGCACAUGGGCAGACAUGGGCACAUGGGCAGACAUGGGCACAUGGGCAUACAUGGGCACAUGGGCCGGCAUGGGCACAUGGGCGGGCAUGGGCACAUGGGCAGACAUGGGCACAUGGGCGGGCAUGGGCACAUGGGCGGACAUGGGCACAUGGGCAGACAUGGGCACAUGGGCAGACAUGGGCACAUGGGCAGACAUGGGCACAUGGGCGGACAUGGGCACAUGGGCAGACAAGGGCACAUGGGCGGGCAUGGGCACAUGGGCAGACAUGGGCACAUGGGCGGGCAUGGGCACAUGGGCAGACAUGGGCACAUGGGCGGGCAUGGGCACAUGGGCGGACAUGGGCACAUGGGCAGGCAUGGGCACAUGGGCGGACAUGGGCACAUGGGCAGACAUGGGCACACGGGCAGACAUGGGCACAUGGGCGGGCAGAUGGGCAGGCAGGGAGGAGAGGCGCAUGGGGUGGAAAGCAGGGAUGGUGCCCGAGAGCAUGUUGGAGAAGAGGCUCCUGUGCCAUGCCAUGAUAGCCAUGUGGUGCCAUGUGGUGUGGGACAUGGGGGGAUGGAAGGGAGGGGGAGGGGGUGGGGGAGGGAUCGAUGCAGGGGGAGCGGCCAGUGAUGGAUGA